AUUGACUAUAAAAUCUCACUGAAAAUGAAGCCGGCCAGAACUUUACGUAAAAGAGACAAAAAGAAAAGUAUGAAAGAAGUAGAAUCAGAAGAGGAAUUUGAAUACCAAGAUACACCUCCCAAGGAGAAAGACAGGGCUCCACAGAAAGAGGAACAGAAGGAGGGACAGAAAGAAGCUCUGAAGGAGACCCAAGAGCUAGAAAUCCCCGUUAAACCUUGUAACCAACACGAGGUAGAUAUCACCUUUCUGGAAGCAACAGUGGUUGAUCUGCAGGAGGAAAACCAAACCCUUAAAUACUACAUUAAGGAUCUGGAAAAUAGGCUCAAAAAUGAAGGCCAAGAUCCUGAAAAUUGGAAGCAGUAUUAUUCAGCCAAAGAUUUGUUGUAUGAUGCUAAAUCUCUAAGUAGUGAAAGUUUCAAGUGUCUUGAAGGCAUUAUUAAAGCUCUUCGAAAAGGCUUACUUAAAAAUAUCAAAAUCUCUCACUCAGAAAGUAUACCAGACUCGAUUCAACAAGCUUCUAGGUGCAUAACUUCAGUGAAUGAAGGAGUAAGCUCAGUGAAAAGAAGAAGGCUCUCUUGUUCAGAUUUUCGGAAGAGAAUGCCUGAUAGGGCUUCAUCUGAUGAAGAGAUGAGACAGAAUAAUUUUGAAAACGAAGACCCUUUCUCCUUCGAUUACGAGAAAUACAAAGAUAACUCUCCAGUGCCAGUCUGAAGCUACAUGGAAGCAUCUUUUGGCAAUCUCUGAAACAAUUUUGAUCAAGAUUUUCAAAAGUUGCUUCGCUAUCUAGAAUGUGCUCAGACAGCGAAGGUAAACUCUUUCUCGACUUUUUCGCUAAAUCAAGACUUAAUCUACCAACAAGUUUAUAAUAUGAUUGUAUUUCUGAGUAAACACCGUGAGCUGAUCAGCCAGAUCAAUUUGUUAAAAGACCAGAGUGUUGAAUUCCUGAACUUCUAAGAAAAUGGUCUAUCAGAUUUUAGUCAUUAACUACUGAAGUCAACAGUUUCUAAACUAAGACAGAUUUAGGAUUUUGCGGAGUAAAAUCUGUAGCCUAAAAUAAGACACUUCAAUAUGC